CGCUGACUCGUUUGCUAUUCAUUGAGCAGCUCAUUUUCCUUCUCUUACUCCCGUUUUGCACAGUUUGUUUGGCAGUUUUGAUCAAAUCUGUUUCACCAGUUGAAUGUGGAAGCCUGUUUGAAGCUGGUGGCCGGAAAUAUACUUCAAUAUGGACCACUUCACUCGCCUGCUACCGUGAGUUGCAUUUUGUAAUUGUAGACGCGCAUUCGUUCGACAUCAAUAUCCCUUCCUGUGCGGAGCGUUUCUUUUCUAAAAUUUUCCGAAUGAGCCUCCGACGACAAAAACUUGUGUUUUCUGAAUUCGCAGUUUUCUGGAGCUAGUUUCCCAGUCGUUUUUUCGUCCAAUCGACAUUUUAGCGCGAGUUUAAUUCCCGGCGUGAACACUUCAUUUCAAUUUCUUCAGGCGUGAGAGAGUUAAAGUUUCCGUUCUGACUUCAUACAUCUGCUUAGAAGAAACUAUCACCGUAAUUAAACUUUUGAACCGUAAAAGAUGAAUGCUUUCAUAUCGUCGGUGCAGCAUUCGUCAUCAUAAUUCGCCAAAAAGAGUUUCAUAACAAACGCCAACAAACCACAGGAGUGGAGAUUCACGAAAUACUACUUGUUACUGUAAUUUUGAUGUCGCAUCUGAUACUGGUAAUCAAAUAUUCACAAUGAGAAAGGACCAGAAACAUUUUUCUUACGUUAUUUUAGAAUUCCUACCCUUGUAUUACACACUAAAUAAAAAUGCCUUCUUUUUCCGACUAUCUGAUUCGAAUCAAAACCAAUUACGAAAGCUCCAGUGUCUAUAUGUAGAUUUAGAAUAUAUUAUCUUGCGUGCGAUUUGAGGCCGUCAACAAGUUAAAUGCCCAUAGGAAGUCUCAAGCCUUCUUCAACGGUGAAAAUCUAUUUUGAAAAACUUUAGCUUUAACGAGAUGUUUAAGUGUAAUUGCAAACCGCCAAUUGCCAUAAUAAGAUGGUUUUAACGGCUAGCUCAAUAAAAUACAGUAAAAGCGUUUCAACACUCUACUUGGAGGAAAUUAGUAGACCUAUUAAAUUGCGGUGAUAAUACAUUUUUUUUUACUGAAGUAAAAGGUAAUUAGUUUUCAUAAUUCGUUUUGAAACAGUUUCUGGAAACAAGCGAAAAACGAUUGAAAUUCAUGGCUCACCAAAGCCUAGACAAAAUGUUUGGAUCCUAACAUUCUGGCCCAGGUUGACCGAAAGUUGGAUAACGUUAUCCACUGGAUAAGUCUCUAUCCAGUCAAUAGCACAUUGUUUAGAUUGCACUCGCCCGCUGGAUUGUGAUUUAUCCAUUGGAUAGCGUGAUACUCCCAUUGAACAACUGGGCGCCGUAUGAUAAACAUUUCAACAGAGUUACAGUUAAGAUAUUUUACCAAUUCAUUGUGAAACGACAGCAACAACUCGUAGGUAAUUCCAAUUUAUUCCUUGUAAAAACCUGAUUAAAUAUUUGCUAGGCGUUCUCAAACUCUUCCGAGAAAAUGUGUAAAGCCUUGAUUGCGAAAUAAAUUUUUUCAGCAAUUGAACUUGCUUUAACGAUACUUGGUGUACAUUUUCCAUUCUGAGAAUUAAAUUGUGUGCGUUUGAAACAUCUGAUUCAGAAAAAAUUGCCUUGAAAUGGUUAGCUUUUUUCGGUUCUAUUCAAUUGGGAGCCAUUCAUUGGGCAAUCUAACUACAGUUCUCCGUCCAAAACAUUAAAUGUGAUCACAAAACAAGAGUGUCGCCAAAUUAUAAGUAAACCGAGAAAAAAGCCUAAACCUGCAUCGAUCACGAGAUCGGUACUUAAAUAUUCUUUAAAAAAAAAUUAAGUAUCAAAUGUAGAAAUUAAAGAAUAACAGGCUAUGGCCUAAAGAGGAAUAUAAUACGUUUGUGGAACUAAUUUUUUAAAGUAGAAUUUAAUAGUUUUUAAGUUGUUUUCUGUAAACGUUAAAUAGUCAAUAACUUAUCAAAUAGGACAUGCGCAAAACUUUUUGGUUUGAUUUUCUCGUUUUCUAACGAUCCUCUCGUUUUGUGGAACAGUUCGCUGUCCAUAGGUAUGCGAAAUCGAUGGGUGAUCACGAAAAUAUCAAUUUAUGACGAAACCGACGAUCGCGCUAGAUAAGGCAAAGGACGUACUUUUGAAAUAUUGUCAUCUUCCAAUUGAUGUCCCAAAAAAGCGCAGAUAAGGAAUGUUCUAAUAUAUUCAUGUUUGCUACACUGUUUUUUGUUGUUUUGUUUGUUUGUUUCUUCGUUUGUUCGGCUUUUUUUUUUUCAGUGUAACAAACAAAUAUCUUAACUUGCCCAAUUUAUUGAUGAUCUGAUGAACUUGGCUUAUAAAUGAGAUGAACUUAUUUGACUUAAGUGAUUGCAAAUGCUUGAGUGUCUUUCAGUCGUUCAGGAAUAUUCCAACAUGUUUUCAAUCAUUGAUAGGAUCCUUUAAAGAGUUUUUAAGAGCAAAUUUUUGAAAAAUGUAGCUUGGAUACUAAAUUAAAUAUCAAAUCUCCACGAUGAAACCUUUUUCUCUAGUCGUAUUCAUUCUCUAGCAAAAGUUUGAGGAGUUUCUCGAGUUAAGCCGCCAUUUUCAAGUGGCACGCAAAAUUUGUUUUCAUGGAAGAUUAGCAUGGCAAUGCAAGUUGAAACCCGACCACCAUAACUGGAAGAGGAAAACGGAAAGAACCGCAGGAUAAUUCGAUUAAAACUUGUAAAAUUUAAGAGGGAUGCGCACAGAUCGACUCCAAGUUAUCUAUGCUUUGGUAAAAAUGUCCUUGGCUCUUAAUUCUGCUCCCUUUACUUUUUAUAAAUGAAGAUUAGAAUUAAAUAGAGAUCAAAACUCGGCUACGGAAAGAGUGCAUUACGGUGGUUUCAACUGCAGCUUUUUUUUUUCUACGUGUUUUAAUUCAAAGGAGCUUCCCGAAAUUAUUUGACAACGAUAAAAGUAAAACAAAGUCAGAGGCGAAUCCAGAGACUGACCAGACCGACAAUAAGACCCAGACUCCCGCGGAACAAGAGCCUUUGGUGCAGUCACAAGAAAAUCUUGCUUUUGAAGAAGACGAAAAACACUUGGAACCGAAAGAUACCUCAGCUGACUCAGCUUCUUCUACAUUAGAAACCACGGUGGAACCAAUGGAGAGCGAAAAAGCACCUGACACGAAAGAGCUGGAGAAAGUAGCAGACGACUCCGGGAUUUCUGUUGAUCACGUGAAUGGAAAUGACGUCAUUUCAACAAAGGAAGAGACAAAGGAAGAUGAACAUGAUCAGGGUCAUAAAGUGAAGCCUGUUCUUGAAUCCAUAAGUGCAUUCGCCAUGCAAUUCAUGGAAGCCAGCGCACCCGAAAUUAAAGUGGAUAAGCCCCAGACACUGUUCUCGGUUGCAACAGAAGAUGCUGAGGAUGCUCCACCAGGGAAACCUCCCCAGUCGCCUAGGAGACACACGGAACAUAACAUUAAAAAUAGGCUACUCGAUAAUAAUUCGUUAUUACCAGAGGCAGCUCUGACCAAGAGGCGACAUAGUGAUUUUGCCGUUUCGGCUCCUCGGCCCGUUAAUGAUGAGCUGGCUACACAAGACUUGAAGAAGCGCGGUUCAGUUGGAGCAGGUAUUACUUAAUUAUAUAUAUAGCGGAGCUCCUGCCUGCAGAGAAUGCAAAUGGAGCCCGACACUUAGGAAAAAUAUAGCAACCCAUAUCCAUACGUCCCUUUGUUAUCGGCUCAGUUCUUCAAUUAUUAUUACUAUUUUGUACUAAAUAGAUCCACCCUUUGUUUCAGUUUGUUUGAACCAUUUUGUUAUAGUGUGCCCGAUUAGUAAGCUUCUUGUGGCUAGCUAGAAGACUUAUGCCCCAUUCACACCAAAGCUUAAACAUGUUUAAAAGUUGUUUUGUUAAACACAGUUUAAUUUUUUUUUUCUUCAUAGAAACUAUUUAACCAAAUAUUUUUUGACUUGAAUGUAGCACAUUGGAAAUGCAAGUUAGCAAGUACUUGAAUCCUAUGGAAAAUCAAGUUUUUCAGUUCUCUGUUUAUAAUUUUCAUUCAAUAAAAACCAGUUUAACAAAACAUGUUUUGCUGGUGUGAAUGGGGUAUUAGACUCUUAAAUAAAGUCGUUAAUUGAUUGAUUGAUUGGGCUAUAUUUCUGUACUCUCUCGCGCUUAACUUUAAGACUUAUUACAAGGGAUCUUUCGGGAAAUAUUGCGAUGAAGGUGAUGCUUAUCUUUCAGUCACCAGAGGAAGCUCAAAAAGCUAAAUCAAGUGUUUCCUUAAGAAUCGAGAGGAUAAACAUAACAAUUGAAGUUUUUAACCCAUAGGAAGCAGUAAUACUUUGAAACGAGCAAGAUUGAUAAGAAUAAAAAAUGACCAAAUUGGAAGGCCAUAGGUAAAUUUCUGAGAUGUGCCAAUCAUUCCAUGAUGCAGUUCCUUAAUUACAGGAAAAGUCAAAAACCAUCGGCUUAGUUGUUGUUUUUCUUUUUAAGGACAAACUACCGCAAGGAAAGGUUCUCAUCCAGACGUUAUCAGAGCUGGUCGGGGACCCCAAUGGUCACCAAGUCUCGAAAGGAAACGUCUUGAUGAGGCAAAGAAGGGGAAAAAGAAGGACGAAAGAAGGAAGACUUUAGCAGAAUUAGCUUUAGAGGCUGGUUACACAGUAAGAACGAUGUGAAUUAAGCAUUGUUACGAUGAUUUUGAUGCCUUAUUAAAUUAUCAAUGGCUAAUGAGCCCGAAUGGGAUGUUCUUCCCAUCUCAUUCCUCGACAACCUGAUCUUGUUUCCCGUAUUGACUAUCAUAAAAAAAUUUUCACAGCCCAACAUUGAGACAGAAACGCCUGUAUAUCAGCCUGGAUCGUUGCAGGUCAUCAAAGCAGAUCCAUCUAAGGUAACUUUGAAUUUUUUGACAGAUUUAUCAAAUCGAAAUAGAAACUUUUUGACAAACUUUUAAUCUUUCACUGAAACUUCACUCUCGUUUGGUCUUUCGCUUAAAGUUUUUUUUCAUUCAUCAUGCCAUUUAGAACAUAAAACUCGAAACACCUCAAAUAUCAAGCACGUACACAUCCAGGCUAUAUGCCAGGCCUGACCCCUUGAUGGAGGAAGCACAUGGGACCGAACAAAUACCGCUUGUUUUUAUGAUGUGCAUUUUCUAAAUCAAACAUCUCUGCCGCAGAAUAAUAAUAUUUUCACCUUGUCUAACGUUCGCUCAGGGAAGUUCAGAAAGCUUAUUGAGUGAGCCUGGUGAAGAAAAUUAUAGCAGUGUGCCCGUGACUGGGGAAGUGUUUGUGAGCCUGCGAUAUGAGAUGCCGUCCAAAAGGUUUGAAGUACAUGUCCUCAGCGCUAACAAUCUGUCUUCUGCUGAUGCAAAAAGAUCUUCCUCUGAUCCGUGAGUAUGGCUCCUCGUUUUGAAAGAAGUCUUAAACAUCAGCAGUAUGCUAUAGGUUAUAAAAAUGUAUUUUCGAUAAAAAGAAACCAGACUUGGGACAACGAACUCUCUUGAGUUUCCACUGAAGGUUCUGAUCAUGCACAGCAAGUUAAAAUUUCACUUUUAAAGAGAUGCGGGGAUGAAUAAGGCCUACCACUUGAACGAGAUUCCUUUUUGACAAGUAACUAUUAUGAAGUUAUCAUUAGUGCUAUUAGUCACAGAUCUCUCACCCUUAAAAUCAAAAUUGCAUGUGUUCUUACUUCUGACCCGACAUUUCUAAAGAAGUCUCUAUUUUCAGUUAUGUGAAGACAUACCUCCUUCCGGACAGACGGAGCAAACGCAAGACAAAAACGAAAAAAGAUACCUUAAAUCCACACUUUGAUGAAAUUUUAGAGGUAAAUUGAUUGAGCACAACACUUGAGUAUUCCCAGGCUUUUCCUUAUUAUGUUAUUGGCAACAAUUUUAGGAUUCUAAAAUUUUAUCCUCUUAUUAAUCAUUAUCAACAUUAGUCAUUAUCGUCACAAUUAUUAAUACAUAGUCAUUAUUUGGGUCAGAACCCAUGUCACCAAAGAUACAUUCAUCGGCAUCGCAAUGGGCAGCGUGCAUGCCAGAAAAAAACUGGGUGUGACACACGAAUUCGAACUCUCUGUGAAGAAACAAACUUGAAAAAAAAAGAAAAAAAAGCGAAGUCGCAAAAGAAAACUUACGUUUUGUCUUCUUUUCCAGUGGAGUUUACCGGGGUGACCCUCAAAUUUAUUAAUUCCAUUCCUUUUCACUGGCUCGUUUCCAAAACAUCCAACUAAAUUAAAUCUAAUUUUAUCUAAUUUCUAUGCUCAAGCUUUUUAUUUUUCUCUGCAGUAUUUCAUGGGAUAUGACGAGCUACUGACACGAACAUUACAUCUGAGUGUGUGGCAUAAAAUGAUUGGACGAAACUGUUUCCUGGGUGAAAUUAAGAUUCCAAUGAACAAUUUUGUUGAAGCGGGAAAUUCCCUCGAACAACCAGUAGCUAAAUGGUUUAAUCUGACCGAGAAGGUAAGAGUUUAUUUCUCAAGUACAGUCAAAAGAGAACCUCUCCAUUCCUUGCAACAUCAAUUUGAGCCUGCUGUCUCUCUCAGUCGUGAACUGCACGUGCCAAUAUGAGUAAUGAUAUAGUUACUGACCGUUGCUAAUAAUUCUCGUUGUCUCGAUGCUUUGACAAUUAUUCACCUGAAUGGAGGUAAAUAUCCACCACUUUCAUCGUCACUGAGGUGAAUAAUUCAUUUAAUACAUUUAAUAUAUACCACACUGAUGCAAAAAAAAAUAGUUUAUUUCUUUCAAUACCGAAAAAUGUUCGGAAUUAAACUCUUGAUGCGCGAUUUUGUCUCAGCUGCUCUGAGGUGAAUAGUGCUCUGUUCACUUCUGAACUAGCCAAUCAGCGCGCGUGAAUAGCUUUAUUCACUUGUGUGGUAAAUACUAAUGAAAAUUAUUUGAUAAAUUUUCCAUCCUUCGAGCGAAGCGCUUCGAAAAAUGCCCUAACAACGGCAAGCAACUAUCAGAAAACGAACGCGCAAAGACUGUAAGUGACUACAUUACGUCCAGGAGUAAGGGAAGCUUAACUAUGCGAAUAGUCACGAUCGAUUACGAGACUUGCAUGUAUGUGGUGUGGGGAGAUAUCUCGCAGAGAUGAAGACUGAGGAAAGAUUAAACGAUGAUAAGCCGUACAACCGCUUGAAAAGAUGGGCGUUUCUUUUUUCUUUAAUAGACCGAUGAGAUGGAUGGUCUGCCUUCAAUUCCAUGCGAAUUAGUUUUGUCUUUGAAGUACGUUACGGCUGAUAAAGUAAAAAAGAAAGGAAGAACUAAGGGUGAAUUACAUGUACAUCUGUUGGAGGCCAGGAAUCUACCAGGAAUGGAUGCUAAUGGGAUGUCUGACCCCUACUGUAAAUGGUAACAGGACAAAAGAAAGAAUUUGUUCUGAAUUCGAAUGUAUUGUCUCUCACAGGAAGUAUGCGCAUGCCUUCUCCUGUCGGUUAUAAGACUUAAAAUCUGCAUCAAAUAUAACGACUAUAGUGACUCCACUUUCUCUUGAUAUUUAAGUACGUUGUACCCAGGGCACUGCACUGCUUCUUGCUUCCCCUCUUCAGCACCUUACUUCCACGUAAUGCGAAGAAAGAUUUCGAUUGAAGCAAAUUUUCGAAUAUAGCGGGCCGUACAGUAACAUACGGCUCGCUUAUUGGUCAAUCACAGCGCACUUACUAACUGAGAGAAAAAAUAAUGAACUUCAGAUGAGUGGUCUGGGUUCGAGCCCCGACUUAGUCAUUUUAUUGCGUUCUUGGGAAACACAUUUUUCUCUCGAAGUACCGCUGUCCAUCCAGGGUUACAAAUGGAUGCAACAAAUUGGCAGGGAAACUUGUUGAUAACCUUUUUCUGAGCCAGAGGAGUUCUGGAAUGGACUAAUGUCAUGUCCGUCCAGGAGUUCAUGCUAUAGCAUAAAUUCUGGUAAUAACGGGGAAUUGUACUCAUAAAAAUUCAACUUUUUUUAACUCUUGAAUUGUCAUGAUAUUCGCUUGCAAUUUUCUUUUCGCCACAGUCUUUUAUUACCAGACAAGAAAGGUAAAACUAAGCACAAGACGCCAGUGAUAAAACGGACCCUGAACCCCACCUUUGAUCACAAGUUUUCUUACGACGAGCUGUCUCCCGACGAUUUGAAGGGGAGAGUGUUGGAAAUCACUAUCUACGACUUCGAUCUCGCUUCCAGCGACGAAUUCCUCGGCGGCGUGCGGUUAGGCCUGGGCACCAGCUCUAACGAAUGGGAUGAUUCAAACGAAGACGAAAGCCAAAUAUGGCAUACGAUGCUUAAUCGGUCUAAUGUCUGGAUUCAGGUUGUUGUUCCCUUGAGGUCUACCAUGGCUUACACGAAAAAUAUGUGAAACUAUAACGAGGGAAACAGAAUGUGAAAUCCAAAUACUAAAGCUUAGAUGAAUCACAAAGCACGCUGAAUUAUUCUAAACGAAAAUGCUGACAGAAACUUUGCAAUUCACUCAAAAACGAAAUGCGGUGAUAUAUCCUAAGGUCUUGAUUGAAAUGUAUAAGGACCAUGGAAAUGAAAUUAUAUCAUAGUCACUUUUCAUCUCCAAUAAAAACCAAGUUCAUUUUGAUAGUAUUAAAAUGAAAGAGAAUAUAACUUACGAAUAAAACCGCAUGUAGAGUAUGAAAACCGCACAGUUGGAAGUUGUCAGCCUCUAGAACUUUUUGAUCUCUCGAGUUGAACGAUUUCCUUCCACGUACUGCAAUCAAGUCAGAUGAUUUCAUGAUGCAAGCUACCAGAAUUUGAUUAGUGAACGAUAAUAGUUUGAGAACUAUUUGUGAUCACUACUAAUGAUGAAAAUGCGUGGGGGCUUUGGAGGAAUAUUUGUAAAAGGUGGAUAGUUGUACUAGUUCGAUUUAUGAUUGCAUGC